GUUUGUGGUGACUGCUUGGCGUGGCUUAGCACUUCUAGUGAUAUUUAUUACGUGCAAGUCUCAGCCCAACUAAUGUUAUUUACUCUUAAUUACUAUACUACUACAAAGGGUUGGAUUUGGAGAUUGAUCAGCGAUCCCGUAAUACCAGAAAGAUUUUGUUCAGGAUCAUGGGAUGGUUACAUCAAGCUGUGGGAUCUUCGAAGCACAAAAUGUGCUGGAUCUGUGUGAGUAGAUCGAAGAUUUUAAUUGCCGUGUACUUGAUCUAGGACAAACCUUUGUACGUACUUGCGACUCAAGGUGUACUUAGCCUUCAAGAUAAAAUGCAAAUCUUCAAAGGUAUUAAUCCAUAUGGGUUAGAGUAAGAAGAAAAACAAAUGCAUAUACAGUGCCGACCCCAUCAGUCCAAUCAUGUUUUAUGCGAAGACUUGAACUAUGUAGCUCAGUGGUCAAAGCGCUGCACCGGCAUCUCAGGGCCGCAGGUUCGAUUCCUAUACCGGUGGCCUAAAGUUUCAUUUUUUGAAGCUGCUCCUGCUUAUAGGUAGAGAUCUGGAGUAUACUCUAUCGAAACUGAAAUAUGAUUCCAAGGUUUGGAGGACUUCCUCAGUACUCCGAAUACAAAGAAAAGAACGUCGCCAUAUUAGAUAAUUGAAUAAUUGCCACUGCCGUAUCACCACCAGAAUCAUUCGUAUACCACCAUGAUACUGAAUGUUAGUACCAAAAGUUGUUGAAAACUAGUUUCUCAUAUUCAUUGAAAAACGUAGGAACGCAUUUAUUUUCUUUCAUUCCUUAUGUAGAGAUCUCCGCACACAUCCAAUUUGCAUGACAUGGAGAAGCAAUGACACGUUAGUUGCUGGCUGUUUUGACAAGACUGUUCGACUUAUUGACCCACGAAGUAUGAAAAUUUAA